GGAAGAAUGGCUCAGAACUUAACGCGCCCUCUACGAAAGUAUGACCAAGGAAUUGGAAACCCGACUCCUGGUUGUGACUUCAGAGAAGAUGCGGAGUGUCCAUUGCAACUACGAGGAUUCCGAAGAAGGGUCGGACAUCGAUGAGGAGGAAUCCCCUUCAAGUUGGCAUGACAUGGAUGAUAAACUUCAAGAAUUACCAACAAGUUUCUACCCGGGAGACGACAAUUUCCUCGAGUACAUCUACCUUAUUGAUCUCGACUGCGAGCUCUUUUCCAUCAACGACUGCAUCGCAUUCGACCUCUGGGCAAUCCCACCCAUCGAUCGUUUGGUGGAUGCUUUCGCCUGGGGCGCAUUUGACCCCGACAAUUGUCCUCAAGGCUCAUCCCGCAUCGGUCCACCGAGCUACUUUCCGGACGCCGACCAUGAACGAAACAUGUGGACCAACACAUAUCGACAGUAUGCCGUGACCCGGGUCGAGCCCAUUCGAUUGAACGAGCCGCUGCACAAGGCACCUCUCUAUCGUGUUUUCGCCCGAGUCGUCUUUGACAAGCUCUUGCAACCGAGAUCGGUAUACUUUGGUCAUCUCCCUGAAAUGGGGCAUGACAGCUUUGCUUUUCGCGAAAUCGCGUUUGUCAUUCUGUCUCUCGCAGCGGGCAAAUUCUACUUCGAUAGGCUUGCAAACUUCUCUGGAGGUAGCCACCCGGAAGACGCCAACGGUUUCCUGAUGUCAAUCGGCGAGGAAGAUGAACCCAAGUUGAUGCCGAUUUUCGGCUCAGGCUGCCAUGCGGAAGAUCAAGAGCCUGGUCCAGCUCCGCUGGAGCCCUUGUAUUGGUUCGAAGAUGUGCUCAUUAGCCUCGUUCCGAAUACAGUUUUCGAAACCGAUUCUGACGCGGAAGCCGCUAUCGGCAAAGUCGUUGCGUAUGUUCUGGAGAGUGGCAAGCUGAAUUUCCAGGUCGUGCUCUUUUCGAUCCAGAAUGCAGUCCUGGUUGAAGUUCAAACCCAGUCCGUCACCAAAACCAUCAGGCGUUCUGGAGUCAUUCCUGUCUGGAGGAAGAACGGCUGGCAUAACGAUACGGUCAGCGAGAGGAAUGAGCGUGACCUCACGCUCUCCCCCUGGGACCACCUGCAACACAAAUACCGUGGAUUCACAGCCUUGGAGGCAUUUUUUGAUGUUGCUUGCGUCCGGCAGCUCUCGGCCUCUGGGCACAGACGUUUGCCCGUUGAACUGUACCCUGAAAUCCUCAAACAUUGUGUCCCGCAGACCCACCAAGCAUGCGCAAGGGUGUCACCACUAUGGCGGACUUUAUGCCACGAACGCUUUGCAUUCAGCCCUGAUCUGAUGGCUGUCAGCCUGGACAAUUCAGGCCGUCCGUUGCUACCGCGCAAGCGCUCGGUCCCUCUCAGCGAAGGAAUUGGGAUUGUCAGUUUUCAAGACACGAAGUCAGGAUCCAUUAUACAAUCGACCCUCGAGACGGAUAUGAGGCUUAAGAUCAAUCGGAGGAAAGAAGUCAGUUCCUGGAGCCCGGUAUUUGGAGACAGUACCCGUCCUAGCAUAAUGACACAAGUAACUCUGCGUAUGUUACUGCGUCACGACGACGGCGAGGUGUGGGAUAUCGACCUUCGACAUCUGGAAAGCUCUAGAGACUCUGGACUCAUGUAAGCUUAGAGGCCGCUUGCGAAGUAUCUGAU